UUUCAAUUUAAUAUUCAAAUCUAUUUCAACUUUAAAUCAUUAAACCAACUAUUGUUACCUGUGAAAAAAGUGAUUGUUUCAAAAAUGAAAUUCUUCAUCUUAACUAUCUGCCUUUUUGGAACUGUAUUUGCUGAGAAUCAUCCUAUGCCAGAAUGGAAACCGCUUCCUGUCGAUGACCCAACAGUUAUUAAGUUAGCUGAUCUAGCCGUUGUGGAUAUUAACGCAAAGGAAAAUAGUUCGUAUUACAAUAAACUGGUCCAGAUUAGAGCCGCUAAAUCUAGAUUGAUGUCUGGAAUUGAAUAUGAGCUUAGAUUGGACAUACAAAAAACUGAUUGUCCAAAAUCUAAACCGUACACGGAUGCUUGUCAAAUCAACGUAACUACACUUCCUCCAAUAUGCACCGUACAUUUACAUGAAGACCCUGGUUCUAAAGAAAUCAAGAUUACUGCUUUCCAAUGUGACUCAGCUCAAGAUCAUGAAUAAUGAUUUUUCAAAUUUUUCUUAGUACAUGUGAUGGAAGUACAUGAUCUGGAAAAAGUUAUAUUUGCGAUUUAAGAUUAGCAGAUAUCAAAGCAACUUCGUAAGCAUUGUUAAUACAAGUAAUGUAAGUUGAUCUGAAUAAACCCGUUCUUCGAUAGAUUUGUUAA